AUGAAUGGCCAUCGUAGCUAUUUUCAGGAACCUGACAUCUGGCAGCAGGCGCCUGUUCUCACAGGUACUACUCAGUUCGAGCCUCGUGAAGGCGUCAGGAACAUCAUGAUUACAGGUGGUGCGGGCUUCAUUGCUUCCUGGGUGGUUCGCCAUCUCACCUUGACAUACCCCCACGCUUACAACAUUGUAUCGUUCGAUAAGCUCGAUUACUGUUCCGCUCUGAACAAUACCAGAGCCCUCAAUGACAAGCGCAACUUUACUUUUUACCAUGGCGACUUGACAAAUCCCUCCGAAGUCCUCGACUGCAUGGAGCGCUAUCACAUCGACACUGUGAUGCACUUCGCAGCGCAGUCGCAUGUGGAUUUGAGCUUCGGCAACUCAUAUAGCUUCACCCAUGCCAACGUCUACGGCACUCACGUUCUUUUGGAGAGCGCCAAGAAAGCCUGCGUUAAACGAUUUAUCCACGUGUCGACAGACGAAGUUUAUGGCGAAGUGGGCCACGGCGAAGAUGAGCUGCAGGAAUCCAGCAUCCUUGCCCCAACCAACCCCUACGCUGCGAGCAAAGCAGCCGCCGAAAUGAUGGUCCACUCCUAUCAUAAGAGUUUCAAACUCCCUACCAUUAUUGUUCGCAGCAACAAUGUCUAUGGCCCGCAUCAGUACCCCGAGAAAAUCAUCCCCAAAUUUAUCUGCUUACUCAAUCGCAAGCGCCCUGUCGUCCUACAUGGCGACGGUAGUCCCACUCGGAGAUAUCUCUUUGCCGCCGAUGCUGCAGAUGCUUUUGACACGAUACUUCACAAAGGCCAGGUUGGCCAUGUGUACAACGUUGGUUCCACUGACGAAAUCUCCAACCUCGAAUUAUGCGGCAAAAUCCUUUCGGCCAUGGACAUUGCCCAUGACACUCCAGAGCAGUUCCGAAAAUGGGUCAAGUAUACCCAUGAUCGACCGUUCAAUGAUUGUCGGUACGCUGUUGAUGGCUCAAAGCUACGAAACUUGGGCUGGGACCAGAAGACAACGUUUGAGGAGGGACUGCAGAUGACGGUGGAAUGGUACCGACGGUUUGGCGAGCAAUGGUGGGGAGACAUUAGCCAUGUUCUCACCCCAUUCCCCAUUGUUAGUGAGGGAGAGGUGGUGCCGGAUGUCGAGCAUUUUGUCAAAGAUGACCCUCCAACACCUGUCGAAGCUUACACAGCGAACGGCGUAUCUCAAAAAGCCAGCUGA